CAUUCUUGGAGGUGCAGUGGGGGUACGGUAGCGUAGGGUAGUAGGGGUGAGGGGCUAACUGGUUAGAAAGGGACCAUUGGUUGCUUCACCUCCUUCCUUCCUUUUCCUUCUUAUCUCUUUCUUUCAUCUUCUUCUUCUGUUCUGCAUAAGCAUUUCUACAGGUAGAAACUGAUUAUCUAGAGAGAGAGAUAGAGAUACAGAGAGAGAAUGGGGAAUUGUCAAGCUGUUGAUGCUGCAGCACUCGUGAUACAACAUCCAAAUGGCCAACUAGAGAGAAUGUACUGGCCGGUGCCGGUGAGCGAGGUGAUGAAAAUGAACCCGGGACAUUACGUUUCUCUUAUAAUACCUCUGCCGGUCGAAGGAGAAGGGAAUUCUGAUGACAAGACGGUGCGCUUUACUCGCGUUAAGCUUCUCCGGCCAACGGAUAUUCUGGUACUAGGUCGAGCUUAUCGACUUGUCACCACACAAGAGGUUAUGAAAGUCUUGAGAGCAAAGAAACAUGCGAAAAUGAAGAAACUCCAGCUGGAAUCCGCAGAACAAACGCCGGUGGAUUCAGAAAUGCAGAGCCGUAGCUGCGAAUCAGACACUGGAAAAUCUGCAGGGGAGAAGAAUGAAGCGCCCUUGAGACACGAGAGUCAUCGGCAAGAGUCGGGAUCAACAAAUUUCACUGCUGCAAGGUCUAAGACAUGGCGACCAUCUCUGCAAAGCAUUUCUGAAUCUGGAAGCUGACAGCAGUAGCAGCUUGUUCAUUAAGUGAAUAAUGUUUAGUCAUGAUAUUUCUGUAUAGCUAAAAGGAGAAAUGCGAAGAUCAAAAAAAUCUUGAAAAUUACAGUUCUUAAAAAUUUGAGUAAAUUUGAAAUUCGAAAUCUACCAAUCCCAAUGAACAUGAUUUUGAGCCCACAAUAUGGAAGUUCAAAACGCCAAAAGUGCUCCAUGAUUAUUUU